UUGGUUUCCAGGCAAUGAUAGAAACACAACAGUGCCAGAUUUCUGUGCACUUAGCAAGUACUGUAAUACUGCAACAUGGAGAAAUACGUGAUUUUAAAUGUAAUGGAGCCGGGGUCUUACGGAGCUGUGCAGUUUGUGCGCGACAGAAGGAGCGAGCAGGAUUUCACCUUGAAGAGGGUUGAAUGUCUUGAUGAGGAGCGAGCAAACCAAGCACUAAAGGAGGCUCUGUGGCUUCUGGAGCUACAGCAUUCCAAUGUCAUCAGAUACAAAGAACUUUUCAUAACCUGGGACAGAAAGAUUUCCUCCGUGAUGCUGUGUCUGGUCAUGGAAUGCUCGUACUUGAGGAGUUUGUCUUCAGCUAUCAGAAUCCAAAGGGAAAAAGGAGAGGUGUUCAAGGAAAAGGUGAUCAGGAGGAUGCUGGGACACACGGUAGAUGCUUUAGCCUAUCUGCACAAACAGAACAUUAUUCACAGAAACCUCAAGCCUUCUAACAUCCUGAUGACAAAGGACUUGACCUUCAUGCUCUUUGAUUUUGGUAUUCCAACUGUGACUGGAGAUGAACUGAAGCUGGAGAAAAGAAUCAAAGAAAAUGGAAAGUCUUGGAUGGCACCAGAAACAUUAGCACAGCGAUUGUGGAGUGAGAAGUCUGAUGUCUGGUCCCUGGGAUGCAUCCUGCUGGAAAUGCUGUCUUGUCACUUGCUGGAUGCAGAGGAAUCCCUGUCCCUUCUCCGGCAGACCAGGCAGGAUUCGAGUCCAAUAGACAUCAUCACCUUUCCGGACCUGUCCUAUUCUCUCAGGAGGAUGUUAGAAAGGAACCCAGAGACUAGGGCCACUGUGUGGGAGCUCACGAGAACUCCUUUUGUAAAGGAGUGUCUGGUGCAGUGUGGUUCCCCUCUGUCCGGGCUAAAAAAGAAAUUACCCCCAGGCCUGACAGGAGCACUCAGUGAAGAGGGAAUUGAGAAAGUUCUAGAAUUUAUGCAGAAUUUCAGUGAUGUGGAAGAGGGACAGCUUUCAGGAUUGGAAUACCUGUCAGUGCAGAGAGACAUGUCUUCCAGAAUCCCACAGGCCCUGCAGACUGUUCUAUCGGCCAUGGGGAACCACCUGGACAGUGUGGAGGUGCAGAACAGGGGCUGCCGGGUUCUGUUCCAGCUGUUAAUCACAGGUCUGGAGCACAGUCUGGAGGAGCCAUGCCUAUACACUGAAGAGGUGACCAGUUCUGUGAUUCAGGCCAUCCGUGCCCAUUCCACCAAUGAGGAGCUGCUCUCUGCAGCCUUUCAGAUUGUCCUUAUUCUCUCAAGGAAUGAGACAUCAACAGAAAAGAUUGGAGGAACUGGGGGUAUCCAGGACAUUGUGAGGGCAUUAAAGAUGUUCCCUGAAAACAGAGAUGUGUGCUUGUCCUGUUGUGGUGCCCUCUGGGGUUUACUGGUGAACAAGCAUACUUCAGGAAAUGUGUCAACAGCAGGAGCCCUUGAAGCCGUUAUCACUGUGGGAGAAACUCACCUGGAUGACUGGGAGCUGAUGGAAUCUGUGUGCGCGGCUCUUUGGUCCCUAACACUCAGAGGUAGUUUAAGAGAAAAGGAAUGUGAGGACACUGCUCUUACCCUGAUGCAUGCCCUCAGGACCCACACCAAAAGACAGGGGGUAAUAAAGUAUGCCAGCUUAGCUCUGGCCAGCCUGGUGAGCAGUUCAGAGUUGGCAGCCUUCAGAGUGCUACUGGCCCCUAGUGGAGGAAGUGGAGUACAGCUGCUAAAAGAGAUCUGCCUUUAUCACCAUGACGAUCCAGAGGUGAUGGAAAACAUAUGCAGUCUACUCAAUGAGAUGGUUCAGUAUGAUGAUGUGAUACCAGAGUUUGUUUCUGAGAAUGUGAAAGAGGAACUUCAGAAGAUUCAAAUCAAGUUUGCAUCAAAUAAGGAGAUACUGUUACUUGCACAAUCUGCCCUUUCAAAAAUGCACAACUGAGGUGGAUCUGCAUCUGGCAGAAAUAAAAUCUAAAUUUAUUUCCACAGUCAUCUCUGCAAGAGUUUUCUUCUGCUUGUCAUUAAGGCAGAGAUGGGAAACUACAAAAGCUUUUGACAUCUCAGCCAAUAAAUCAGAUCACUUAAGUUAUUUAGGCAGACAAAGCUGAAGUCAUUGAGUAUAUAGCCUACAAUGUGAAAUGUCUUAUUGAACUCAUUCUAAUGAAUUGCUUGAAAACUAUCAAAAAUGUCUUCAUUUUCAGAAAAAAUGUUCAGUAUAAUCAGAAAAUUUUAAAUUCUACUGAACUACAAACAGGACCAAUUAGCUGUAUAUCUUUUAAAUAACUGUGAAAAACUGUACCCAUUUUACAUGUAAAUAAAAAAUAAUUGUCACCCCUUUAGCUCUAACAGAACAGGAAUACAGGAAAUGAACAAUCAUGUCAAUAACUCAAUAUACACAAAUGCCAAUUAAAGACUAUGAAGUGGUGUGAA